AUGGAAGUCCAAGACCCUGCAACAACCGCUGCAGUUGAAUUGUUAAUUAGAGAGUUAAAAUCGAGCCGUUUUCAUGAUAGCUGGGGCGCUAUUUCCCAGAACCUCGUACAUUACUGCCCCCGAAUCCGAUCGAGGCGACAGCAGAAGAUGCUGUUUGAUUCGCUAUGGACCUCACCAUUCUUGCAAUCAGUAUCUGUCGAUAAUAUUACGACUUGGUUUGAAAUAAGUGAGGCCAUCUUUACAUGGAAGCUAGAUAUAUCAGAACCUCAGAUCAAGUUGGCCGAUUUCUUCUUAUUUUGGGACGAGGCGUUACGAAAAUGUCAGCAUUGGUCUGUGGCGCAUUUGGCGCUUCUAAGCGGCGCUUUGAGCACUGACGGUAAGUUCCAGGAGUUCCAAGAACGAUACGCAGUCGACGGUAGCGAUACGGUUGCGUCGAGGUACGUUGCUUGGCGGUUUAAAAUUUUCAUGCCCUUGUGGACCGCUGCAAUCACGAAGCAGCCACAAUCACCAGCAAUCAUUGAGCAGCUUGCUCUUAUUUUUGUCGGACAGUAUCCAGGCGAGGAUGCAAAGAAUAUUCCAUGUUCACUUUUGUCGCAAAUUUUGAUGGACUUAUGUGUGAGGCUUCUUUCCGGAGAAAUAUCUCAGCAUUCCUUCUUGUCCCGACAUUUAAGUCAAGUAUCUCAUGUUUUGCAGGUCACACUUCUUUCCGUACCUGACACCUUAAUUUCGCGCAUUCUAAGCCAGCUAUGCGUUGCGACUUCUAAUCUGGCAACAAAAGAGUUGAACGAUGGGGAGAACGACUACAAAUCACUCUUCUAUACACACCUAUUGUUGACUGUGGUAUCCGUUCUCAAAGCUACUGUCGUGCGAGCCGAGCCCCACAUCCAAGUCUGCCGUCAAGUCAUGUUCAUUCUCUUCAAUUUGAGCUUCAUUACGGAAAGUUUCGGCACCGUGGGGUUUGAGGAGUUUGAGUUGAGCUACGAAGUCACAACUCUUGGUCUUUUGCGUGACAAUUUGAAUCUACUAAGUGUCACCGAGGUAAUGAGAUCCAAUUUAAGGUCGAACACGCAAAAUGAAGUCAGCAAUGCAAGAAUGGUAUUUUUGUUCACGUUUCUUGAGCGCGUUUUACCGUAUGCCGCUUACCCCAAACCGUAUUUCGACGAGUAUCUCUUACCGCUUAUAUUUGGGUUUAUUGCGAGCCCUCAGACCAGAAUCGCUGAGGCUGCCCAUUCCGCCUGCCUCGCAUUGAUCUCAAACCAAACGGUGCCUUACAUCCAGACUUGGAAACUGCACGGCUGCAAAAGCUACCUGCUAGUAUCCCUGUCCCAGUUCCGACAGGGGCGUCUGAACUCCGGACAGCUCACCAUGAUUUCACAGACCAUUGCAUCGCAAUUUGCGUCCAUUACACGAGUGGCAAAAGAUUUUUCCAGACAAAUUCUGCAAACCAUUUACCUAGCAGUAUUAAAUUGCGAGAAUGACGCUAUGAGGCCCGUUUUAAUCGAAUGCUUAAUAGGUCAGCUUCCAUUUGUAUCUCACAAAUACGUGUGGGAUUGGCUGGACAAUUGCUACGAACUGAUACUUAAAUCGAGGGACCACCGAGUUCAACUCCUAGAUAAGCUGUGGCAAUGCAUCCUGGGUUCCUCUGAUAACACGCUACUCAUCGAGUGGUGGUUCCGUCAGGGCUUACCUUCAUCUAAGCUAUAA